CCUAGGAAAUUUCCGUCUAUCUGAGCUUUUGAGGCUGUAGAUCGAUUGCGCGGAGUAGGCUGUGAGAAAUUCGCUGUCAAAGUGCGCCAGACAUCAUGGCAGCUCUCAGAGAAGCCCCUCGAGCUGGCCGACAGCUUCUUGGCACUGCCUCGCGCUGGAUGCCUUGUUCGGCUACUCUUCAAAGAUGUGCAUCUACCGGCGCUACACCCGUGAUACCUGAUAUUGAGGAGGAUUCCGGCUUAACGGCGCCAAUCGUCACGAGGGAAGAUGCAAAAGUUACGGAUCCCAGGAAGAGGGCAAGUCGCAGAAACUACGAAUUGCCGCACGAGAGAUACCGAUACCAUCCUCCCAAGUAUGACCGAGGACCUUUGCAUCCGGUUCAACCACCUCCGUCCUCGGAUCCCGUCGCUCGAGAUUUCGCGCCUGGGCCCUUCAACCUUCCCCGAUUAAAGCAAACCUUCCACUCGACAACCGCCUCCGACAUCAUGACUUUAAUGUACCAGCACGUCCCCCCCGGAACACCUGACAAGCCUGAAAGGAUACGGUUGCGGGAAUGGGACGACACAUCACCCUAUAUGAAAAAUCGACCCAAGAGAGGUCCUCGAGGUGCCGAUGUUCUAUUCCCACUUGAAAAGAAUAUCACCUGGCAGAACAUUCCCGAGGUUAGGGCGGUACAUCUAGCCAUGUACAUGCCCAAGGCGAAGAAGAACCCGGACCAUAUCACCGUUGGAAGGGCGGUGUUGCGGACUAUCACAGGUGUCCGCCCCGAGGUUACGACAACCAAGACGAGUGUUUCCCAAUGGGGUAUUGUCAAAGGCGACAGGACAGGCGUAAAAUGUUCGCUGUACGGAGACCAGGCUUACGAGUUCAUAGACAAGGUCAUCCACCUAGUCUUCCCAAAGAUCAAGGAUUGGAAGGGCAUUGAAGGCACCAGCGGCGACAGCACCGGUAACAUCAGCUGGGGUUUCGAACCCCAGGACAUGCUCUACUUCCCGGAAGUCGAAGCCAACUAUUCCCUAUACCCAUCCAAGAUGAUAUCUGGGUGCCGCAUGACCCUCGAAACAACAGCAAAGUCUGACAGACACGCUAGAAUACUCUGCAUGAGUCUGGGUAUCCCAUUCCACGGCAAACUGGUAGACUAAGGGAUAGCACCCAUGUUCCCUUAAGAUGUACAUAUUCACCGUCCUGCCCUGUUAGAAUCAUACUGUAGACUAAUACAGCUGUACAAUAUAUGCGGAAUCACAAAUCAAAAUAAGAAAAAAAGAUGCGUAAUAUUGCUU